AUGGCGGGCGCGUCCUUCAGCGGCUUCCCGGCGCCGCCGCCCCAGUGGCGCCUUUUCGACGGCUCGGUGCUGGUGGCGCCCCCGCGGGUGCCGACGGGGGAGGUGUCGGUCUUCGGGGAGGUGCUGAAUCUGGGGCCGCCGGAGCCGUUGCUCGACGCUGACGAGUGGCUCUGCAACCCCGAGGGGGAUUUGCCCGAGGAGUUGUUGAGGCUCCAGGCGCAGCUGCAGACGGCGAGCCUGGAGUUUCUGGACGCUUUGGCGCAGAGCUCCGCAGAGUGUCCGGUGCUUUUGAGGCGCUUGAGCCAUGUCCUGCGCAACAUCGCGGGGCUGCUGCAACUGCUGCGGCAACGGGAAGCCAAGGAGCGGAGCUAA